AUGAGUCUUAAGUUGGAUACCCCUCACUAUGCUAAUGGUGACGUGCCUCCAUUUUAUGGCACAAACCCACCGCCACCUCUUCUGCAUGUGUCUCGGGACCAGUUCUAUCAUCAUCUUGCUUACCUAGAGGAUGAACUUUGGCACAAUAAUUCUAAUGCAGCUUUGCCACACAAAAAACGUAACAAGCACAUAACUUCUCCACCAGUGGCCGAGACACAGGAACAUGUUUCUCCACCAUUAUUCCAAAAAGAGGACAGGACCCACCCGUCUCUUGCUACACCUCCAGAACGGGACAGUGACAGUUCCAGUACUCGAAAACGGCAUGAAAAACACCUGGCUCGCCAAGCCAGCUAUAGCGAACUACCACAUGAAACAUAUUCCAAGUCUGCAGGAAUGAUGAGGAUCUGGGAACGGAGUCAGUCCCAACCAAGUAGUAGAAGGACAAGCCCCCUUGAGGGCCAGGAGAGCCACACAGAUUACCGGGAUGUGAACUCAAUGGUGACCAAACACAGAUCACCCCACUCCCCUCAGAGCAAUGGCAUGAUGGAGAAGGGAGGCGACCACGAAGGUGUCAUCAACCUGUCCACCGUGAACAAAGAAGGGCCAUCCCCGCUUACACAAAAUGGCGAUACUCACUCCACAGAAAACGGGGAGGUAGAAUCUCAGGGUCAACUUUCACAUUCACCUCAUACCAAGUCCACAACAGGGAGUGGAGCCGCUAAACGUAAGACAAAAUCUAAUAGUAUGGUGGAACUGGGGGCUGGAAUCACUCCCACAGGGCCACACCCCUCUUUGAUGAUGAUGGCUGCUGCCCAACAUGGCAUGAUGCCACAGCAGAUGCAACAGCUCCUUCAGCAACAGAAUCAGGGUCUAUCACCACAGCAACUACAGCAGAUCAUGCAGCACCAGUCCAUGAUGCUGCAGCACCAGCAGCAGCAAAAACUUCAAGACCAGAUGCUACAAGAACUAAAUGACCAGCUUCAGAUGAACAUGCUGCAACAGUCGCAGCUGAUGCAGCAGCAGCAGCCAGACAAGUCCAAGGUUGGUAAAGGUCAGCUCCAACAGCUGGCUCUUCAGCAGCAGCAGCUAGUCCAGCAGAUUCAGCAGAUUCAGAUCCAACAACGUCAGUACCUUCUUGCCUGUCUUGUCCAGCCCUUCGGCGUUCCUCAAGGUAUGAUGUCACCGGGGGAGAUACAGCAGCUAUGGAAGGAGGUGGCUAGUCAGUCGGGCUUGGAUGACAUGAAAAACAAUGCUAACGGUGCUGUUCCAACGUCACUGGGCGGUGGAUUGCCAUCUCUCUCCUUCCCAACCCCACCUACCAGCUGGGCAACCAAUGGCAUCACAGAAACCUACCUCAACCAAGGCAACUCUUCCCUCGGCCAUUCCACAGUGCAGGUUAAGCAAGAACAGACAAGUCCUACAUCAUCUUACCAUGCAUUAUUCCGUCACUGCCUUUGUAAAUGGCCUGGUUGUGAUACACAUUGCGAGGACUAUAUUAGUUUCCUCAAGCAUCUGAGUGCUGAGCAUACUUUAGAUGACCGGAGCACUGCCCAGGCUCGUGUCCAAAUGCAGGUUGUCAGCCAACUGGAAAUCCAGUUAACACGAGAAAAGGACCUACUACAGGAGAUGAUGAAACACCUACAUAUGAAACCUACAGACAGUAAGGCACAGUCUGGGCUGCCUGUGUCAUCAGAAACAACACAGAAGUCAUUGACCGCACAUUCACCUCCUAUCACCUCGUCCAAUCUGCUCAAUCAACUUCCAAGUCCCAGCAGCAAGUCGGUGACUGUGUCCACAUCCUCCAGCCCACUAAAGCUGCCGCAUCUUCCCUUGUCCAUGUCUGUCUCAGCUCCUCCUACCCCAGUUGGCCUGGUUGGUAACCCCAUGUCCCUGCCACUAUUGAUACCUCCUCCCCUUGGUCAGACGCCCAUAUCGAAACCGUCAACUCCUCUGUCACAGGCAGCAUCCCUGCCUACCACACCCACCAGUGCUGGUCCGAUGAGGAGGCGAGUAUCAGACAAGUGUAACCUGCCCAUAUCAGCUGAAAUCCAAAGAAACAGAGACUUCUACAAAAGUACAGAUGUUCGCCCACCGUUCACAUAUGCCUCGCUGAUACGUCAGGCCAUUAUUGAGUCACCACACAAACAGCUUACCCUUAACGAGAUCUAUCAGUGGUUUCAAAAUACAUUUGCCUACUUCCGCAGGAAUGAAGCUACAUGGAAGAAUGCAGUGCGACACAACCUCAGUCUACACAAAUGUUUUAUGAGAGUGGAGAAUGUGAAAGGAGCAGUUUGGACAGUGGAUGAAAUUGAGUUCUACAAGAGAAGACCUCAGAAGUUGGGAGGGAAUUUAUCUAAAAGCCCCUCUAUGCAGAAUGAACAUUCAGUGUUUGGUGAUAAUCUCAAUGCCAGUUUACGGGUGGCACUAGAGCAGGCUAACAGCAUGAUGAAUCAUCAGAUGUGUAAUGGUAAUGUGUCUGUGGAUGGUGUGGAAGACCUCUCCAUGAAGUCCAGUCGAAACAGCAGUUCUGACAGUCUAGCUAAGCUAGAACUACCUCCUAGGGAUGAACUCAUGGGAAUCAAGGCAGAGCCAGAACUGGAAUCUGAAACCUUCAUAGAAAAUGGCCACUCUCCGCUGGACAGAGCGGAGGAAGAAGAGACCCGUGACCUGGAGGAAGGUCUGACUGGUUCAGAGGAAGAAUUUGAGGAGGCAGAGGCAGCCAUGGAAACAGCAUGUGAGGACAUGCAAAGGUCACAACAAUCAGUGUCUCCUUAUGGACAAUUAUCACCCAAUCAGGAGCUUUACCUUCAAUCACUGCAGCCCCAGCAAUCACAGACGCAGGAAGCAGUGCUCCAACAGGUUGUGGCUACCAGUACCAUGGCCUCGUGAGGUUGUUAGUUGAGUUGUAAAUGGGGAUUACUGUUGUAUAAAUUAAAUUUUGCAGAUAUUGACGGUUUGUUCUUUUUUUAGACCAAUUUUGUUUGAAGAUCUGCAUUGAUUAACUGUUGUAAAUAGUUAAAUUAUGAAAGGCGCAUGCAGUGAAUGACGAGGUCGUGCUGCGUUGUAUUAUAGUGUAUUAUAGUUUUAUGUGAACAUCAAUCAAACAGACUUUUGACAAUUUGUUGGAGUGUGAGAAGGAUCCAUGAGUAUAUUUAUGCUAUAGUGCUCACUUGGAUUUUCUUAUUGUUAUCUUUAAAGUUUGAAAAAUCGAAUCAUUAGGGUUUUUUUAUCUAUAUAUAUACACAUUAUAUAUAUAUUGUUCAAUCAGGCCAAAGGUAGAAAUCAAUUCCAAUUUUUAAACAACCAAUUAUUACAUGAAAACUUUCCACAAACAAUUACUAUUAAAAGCUGUGCAUUUGUGCUGUAUUUAAUUUGCUAUAACCUUAUCUACCUUCAGACUUUUAAGUGUUACAAACCUCCAAAAGCAAUUAAAAUUUUUAGAGAUAUAGAACUUCUACUGUUGUAUCUAUAUUGCUUGUAUCCAGAUAUUAUGGUGGAUUUUGAUAAAGAUUUCACUUCUUUCAGCGUAAGGGAUAAAUAGGUUAUUUAUUUUUCGAGUCAUUUCAUCUUGGUAUUUUCUGCUCAGUCAUAGCCAUGACUCUUGUAAUAUGUUUGGAACAGAAUUGAAAUCAUAGAAUUUUGUUUUCUUUUUCAACAUGAGUGUGCUGUUUUGGAGUGCAAUAAUCAAUCAAAUCUUGUUGCAAUAUAUUUUUUCCUUUGUCGUUUUUUUUUUUCUUUGUGACUUUUCUCUUCUUUCGUGUGUGUAUGAAAAUCAUAUACUGAAGAGCUUUAUUUCACUGUGCUUUAGUGUUUGUUCUCAGUGAAAAUUCAUGGAACAUUGUUCAUAUGAUUCAAUAUUGGGAGCUAAAAACAUGUCGGAAACAAAUUCUUGAAAUAAUGCAAGCUAAUUUGGAUUGCAAAAAGAAAAGGAAUUGAAUUUGAAGCUCUUUAGUUGGUCCAAGAUUAAAAAUCGUUGAUUACAAAUGUCAAUAAAUGGUAUGCAGGGUGAAAAUCUUGUUUUGUGGUACUGGAUAUGUGUUGGCAUUGGUAUCAAGAUUCCACAGUAGGAAUUCAUCUUUGAUCAAGUCCAAAUUAUUGUUUUCUUUCUAAGUCAAGUUAUUUCAAAAUUUCCAUUAUUUUUAAUGUUAAGUUUUGAUUAAGUCUUUAUUACCUUGAAUGAGUAGUUUAAUUAAAAAUUCAUAAUGACAUUUUUAUGUAAUGAACAAUAUAUGAUAUAAAUACAUCUGCUUCCUGUUAAACUUUUAAUUUUGUUGGGUCUUGUCUUGUCCUGAAGGUUUUUAUUUGAAUGCUUGAACUGACUAAUGUCUGCCUCACCUUUGUUAAAGUAACACAUUGUGAAGCAGUUUUCUCGGAUCACAGGUAGCUAUGCACUGAAGGAACUCAUCUUAUCACAGUAAUAAACAAAUUUCAUGCUAAAUUGUUAAUUUUGAGUCAUCAGUAUAGUUUUUUGUUAAUUUUCAUUUGUAAGUUAUUUUUGAUGUGUCAGUGCUGUGCUAUAUAUAAAUUGCCUGAUUGAUAACUUCUUUGGUGAUAGAUAUGCUACGAUCAACAUUGAUGGAUUGCCUACUAUUAAUUCAUGUUUAUUCUAUUUAUUUCUCCUAGACAUAACUAAAGAAUUUGGAUUCAAUAAGGAUUGUUUUGUGGUAACACAAGAUGACAUGUCAAAAAUUUUAUAUUUUUUGAUGUGGAACUUUCAUUUGAUGCUAACCAGACACCUGAGAAUAGGAUCAUUUGUAACAUUACGUGUCAUCAACAUCGAAGGGGAUUUAUAAUUCAUGCUAAAUUAAUCAUUACUUGUCUACUAGUAAUACUGAAACAAAAUCUCGCUCUAUUCUAAAUCGUUUGAUAACGUCUUCAUUUUGCCAGAGUUUGUGUUUUUUUUACCUCUGUCACUGUUCGAUUGUUGACCAUCAAAUUGUGAAGCAUUUAUAUCAUUUCUACAAAGAUCUGCUUUUUUUGCCCGUGAUACAGUAGUCAUCAAAAUUAAUUCUGUGAAUAUUUUGUACCUCAAUUUUUGACAAAAACACAGCAAACAUUUUCUAAGUAUUUAUAACUUGCAUGUAGCUAUUGUUUCUUAGCUUAUACAUUUGUAUAACCACCAGAAGUUACACAUCAGCUGUAUACAAAUACAAGCUUUUAUCAACAGCAUCUUUUCAGCGGAAAAUCAUGAAAAAGUUCUUGUUAUACAGUUUUUUAUCCAUUUGAUAUUCAUUUGCAAAUAUAUCCCAAUUUAAUGAUAAAAGGAGUAUGA